AUGGCCCUCUCACGGCCUUCCAUGAGACGUCUCACCAGCUUGAGACCCUCAAAUCUCAGACCGUGCACCAGUUUUCUCCAGCCUCGACUCAUCCGCCGGCCAUCAGGUGUCUCGUGGGUACCUCAACGGUUCACUCAUAGUGAUAUCACACAGCAGCUUCGGGAAGAAUGGUCGAGCUAUAAUCACUUUCCCCAGGCGUCCAGUGCCAACCAGUUUGUGAAUGGCCAGACAGUCACAGUACAUGGCUUUCUCUCCCAGAGAAGGAUAUCGUCCAAGAAGCUCAUCUUUGCCAAUGUGCAAGUCGACAAUGGGCCGUCUAUCCAGGUUGUAUCCCACUCCGAGCCCGGUGAUGAAUCCAACCCUCCUCCCGGACACGAGGCCCAUCUCGCUCUUAGGGCUCUGCCUCUCCACAGUCCAGUCGCAGUGACCGGAACUGUCGUAUCUCAAAAAGGCGACCGAGACUUGUCUGCCUCCUCUCAAAGAGAUAUUCCUGGCUCGUUUCCCAAAGGCGUCACACAUCUCGAGAUUUCUCUGCAGAAUAUUCAGCCUCUUAAUGCUUUCCCCAAGGAUAUCAUCGUGUCCAAGGGGGUGCAGUUCCCGCCCUCGGCCCGGCACCUUCAGAUCCGCUUCGAUGAGGCUCUCCAGGCUCGUAUUCGUGCACGCCCAAAGAUCGGCCAUGAACUGCGCAAGUCCCUCACCGAUCUUAACUUUACCGAGGUGGAAACACCAAUCCUCUUCAAGUCUACGCCUGAGGGGGCUCGCGAGUUCUUGGUUCCAACACGACGGGCUGGUUUAGCAUACGCCCUUCCCCAGAGCCCUCAGCAGUACAAGCAGAUUCUCAUGUCCAGUGGUAUCCGUGGGUACUACCAGUUUGCGAGAUGCUUCCGUGACGAAGACCUCAGAGCCGACAGACAGCCCGAGUUUACCCAGUUGGAUCUCGAAAUGUCCUUCGCCACCGGCCAAGACGUCAUGCGCACAGUCGAGUCUAUCAUGAAAGACCUCAUGAAGUCCCUCAACUCCCAAUUCGAACUCGUCCAAUCCGACACCAAGGAGCGCUACCCCGUCCCCAGACGCACCCCCCCCUCCUCCGACCCAUCCUCCAACCCCUGGCCUGUAUCAGACAAACCCUUCCCCCGAAUCACCUACGAAGAAGCCAUGUCCCGCUUCGGCGUCGACAAGCCCGACACCCGCAUCCCCUUUGAAAUAACCCCCAACGUCCCCCUCCCCGAAUCCUUCACCUCCAUGAUCUCCCCCCUCCCCUCCCCCACAAUCGAAACCUUCCUCUUCACCCCGACCACCACCACCAGCACCUUCUCCUCCCCCUCCAUCCGGGACACAACAACCUUCAUCCACACCUUCCUCUCCCCCCUCCCCCCCGCCCUCUUCUCCCUCAACCCCAACGGGCAAACCGCCGCCCUAAUAAUCGACAACUCCAAACCCCUA